UUGCCCUGCUCUGAAUAACGUUUGAAUAGCAGAGAAUGACCACUGAAUAUGAGGAAGAACCGACUAACGAUAGGACUGCAGAGAUCUUCCAGUGUCUAGUGGUCAUAUUUGUGUCCUAAUCUGCGGUCUGUAGGCGGAGGCGGCAACGCCCUGAUGCCCUCGGAGAACAGUCCCCCCGCUCUGUUUACAACCAGUCGGCUGGGAGAAACUGGUUCCCCGCAGUGGGUCGUUAGCUAAACGGUUCUGCCGUGAGUGUUGUUUAGAAGGGGGGGGAGGGGGGGGGGAAUGGCUGAACUGCACGUCGUGGAGCCGAGUGGAACAGCGACCAUAGAGCAGCCCGAACAUCGCGACGUUCGGGGCUCGAUGCGUCUGGCGUCGCCCACUCUCUUGGUUCCUCCGCGGAGCAGCAGCCAGCUCAGCCCCGGCGGAGGAGGCAGCAGCGGGGGCAGCGGCAGGUCGCUGUUCGGCUUUCCGCUGAAGAGCAACCCAAGCUCGCCCUCUGAGCCGUUAGACAAGCCGGGCUCACGGUGGGUUCGGCUUAAUGUUGGCGGGACCUACUUCAUCACGACCAAACAGACAUUAUGUCGGGAUCCAAAGUCUUUCUUAUUCCGACUGUGUCAAGAAGAUCCUGACCUGGAUUCUGAUAAAGACGAGACCGGAGCCUACCUUAUCGACAGGGACCCCACAUACUUCGGCCCCAUCCUGAAUUACCUUCGACACGGAAAGCUGAUCAUGGAUAAGAACCUGGCUGAGGAAGGCGUUCUCGAAGAAGCCGAGUUCUACAACAUCGCCUCCCUGGUGAGGUCGGUGAAAGAGCGAAUACGGGACAAUGAGAACCGAACAUCUCAGGGCCCAGUGAAGCACGUGUAUCGAGUUCUGCAGUGCCAAGAGGAGGAACUCACACAGAUGGUCUCAACUAUGUCAGACGGUUGGAAAUUUGAGCAGCUCAUCAGCAUUGGCUCCUCCUACAACUAUGGGAACGAGGACCAGGCAGAGUUUCUGUGCGUCGUUUCCCGGGAACUCAACAACUCAACAAACGGCAUCGUUAUCGAGCCCACAGAGAAAGCCAAGAUCCUUCAAGAGCGAGGCUCCCGGAUGUAAGGAGCCGGAGAGUCGGAGCGGAACUACAUCAUCAUCAAAAACAUGAGCGCACACUCCUGUUAUCUUCGAUCAGACAGCUGCCCCCUCCUCCAGCGUGCCUUUCCAUAGCGGAGGCUCCCUGACGCCUCCUCGUCUUUAGCGUUGCAAGGCGACCCCGACUUCUCUCCUUGUUUCUUCUCCCGUUUUAAAGACACGACUUGUGAGGCGAUUCUCCUCUUUGGCUGCGACAAUGAAGUUUUGUUGAUCUCACUGGAUGGAUCCACAGAAUAAAUCUUUUGCUUUAGCGGCUUUUAUCAGAUCUGGGAUGUUCGCUGUGUGUCACAAAUUUGGAUCAAUUCAGCAGAAACUCCUCAGGACCCCAGCAUAAAAGAAUUAAAGGGACUCCAUUUUUUUUAAAACCCUGACUGCAAACGGAGCCUUGACGCAGCAGAUUUCCUCGUUACUUCUAGAGACGGAGCAAAGUAGGCGCAGCAUCUUCUCCGCUCAUUAAAGGCUCACAGAGAAGAAGGAAGAGACCUUUUUUUUGUUCCCUGUGUGGCUCAUUUCAAUCUGUGAAAAUUUGGAAUAUUUCCACACAAAAGAAAGCAGCUGACUCAAAACAGACCGUUACUCCAGUAGUGCACAAAUGUGUCCAGGCAUGUAAGGAAUCUAUAUUAAAACCUAUAUAGUCGUCAAGAUGAAAAUAUAUGAAAUUUUAAAUGCAAAUGGUGUAAUUACUUACUUCUGUAUCAUAGCUGUCUUAUAUUUACAUAUUCUUGUGGGUGAGUUUAUUUAAACAAGGGGGGAGAAUAUCAGUUUUGUUACCAGACUAAGCGCCCAUUAGAGUGAGUUUGUGUGUGCAGUGCCUCUCUGCUUUCUGCCCAUCACUGAAAUUUCUGUAGUGUACCUGCAAAAAAAAAAAGGAAAUAAACAAAAAAAGGUGUUUUACAGCUUAUAUAUCCUACUUUGAUCUAUUGCAUAUCUAAAAAUUGUAAUUAGGGAUGAAGAAACCUUUCGCUUGUUGCCGUCUGAACAUAGAAGAGAGGCGAGGUUCGAAUAGUGGCCAGUCUGUAGUCUGCCUCAACACAUUCGCUGUAUAUUGUGUUUACUUCUCAGCCUUGCAGCCAAAAGUCGUCUCGAAGUCUGCAGCAUGUGUAGCAACCGCGGCGCGAGCAAACUGUCCUGCUCGCACUUAAACCCUGAGCCUACAUCGAUGCAGGAACCUUGCAGUUUGUUAGAGAACCUCUCAGAGUAGAAGGGUUCUGACUCUUAUUCUCUUCAAAUCAAACGCUCCUUUUUUACCAGCUCUUUAGCUUUUUUUGUUUUGUUUUGUUUUGUUGCCAGCAACUUAAAUGCAGCAGGUUUUCUUUUGAAAUGCACAGCUAAACUUAUUUAAUUAGAAUGUAGUUGAAAAGUUUAUAUAUCGAUUUUUUUCUACUAAGAGGGAUGUAUAUCUAGUGUUGUAUCUGCUCGGUCAUUUUGAUAAAAGUGACUUUUAGCCAAAGGAAACCUAGAAAUUCAGCUUUUCAGAAAAUUCAAAUAUUACAUAAGACCACCAAAAAUAGUACACAGUUGUUGGCUGAUGUAAUUGUGGUGAAGACUGAUCACUUCAGAAGACGCUCGUCGACACUUUCUAUGUUGAAAUUAAGUCACAAUGCUCAUUGUUCGCAGAAAGCUGUAGCCAAGAACAUUGAUAGAAGGUUGAUUGAAAGGAAAAAUAUCAGUAUGCAUUAAUAAUAAAAAAAAAGGUAUCAGAAAAAAGCUUUACAUAUAUUAUUGAUGCACAAGGAAUCUAGUUAAUGGGAGUUUUACUUUUUGGAUUCUAAUACCAGUGUAUCAAUUUAGUUGAGAUAACUUAGAAAUAUAGUUUUAUGAUUCAUACCAACCAUUAGAACUGUUCUUUUUAACUGAAAGAAAAUGCAGGAAACAACAUUUUCUGAUUAUUUUUUUUCUCUUUUUGUUUUAAAAUUUCCUGCUUGAUGGAUGACCAUAACAAGUAGUUUGUCCUAAAACAUUGGCCCGGUCCGCCUUGCUAAAAGGCAUCAGAGUUUUUGGUUCUGUAACCUUGAGAAAAAUAACCACAGUAUCACUAAAUGUGCAAACAAAAAAAGUAGAAGCAAUCAUGUAUCAAUAGUUCUAGUUGCUUUUAUAUUUUUAAAAAAGAAAAGUAAUAUUUAUGUUUCCUGCCGCUAACAUACUGACGUUGGUUAUCAUGAUGUACAAAAUGUAUAACGUUUGAUUUUAAAGCAAAAACUUGGGCUGAGUUAACAGUAGGUUUCAAGUAAAGUUGCAGAAUAUCAAACCUCCCUGAUGUUCUGGUCAAGGGAAAUGGCUGUUUUCAGCCAACUGAACAUCAUCAAACAGCAACAGGUGUGGGGGGGGGGGCGUGCUAUACUCCUGACAGCUGGAGAAAUAUCUGCUUUCCUCUGCACUUUCUCUAGACUGUAUAAAACGACAUGGUGUAAUAUUUACAUAUGUUUGAAAUUGUAACUUUUCAAAACCUCUGCAUAUCUUCACAAUGGGAAACCCUGCUCCCUAAAACAGCAUCACAUUUUUUUUCUAACGCUUUUCAGCUUGUUACAUUUUAUUUUCAUGUAGUACACUAAAAGCAUAUUCAUAUUUUAAUUAUUCUUAAAGCUGGAGGUUCCACUCUUUACAUGCUAACGGAUAUAUUUUUUAAUACAGAUCAUCUAUACUACUGCCAUUCAUCGCCUUUAUGUUUCAUCCUUAAGAUAAACAUAUCGAUGGCAUUUAAAUCAAGCAUGAACAAAAGUGAUGCAUCUUGAUGAGGGAAGAAAAACAACAAUCGGUGUUUUCAUGCUUACCGUUAAGUUGGGACUCGGAGCCCAAACUUUGAGGCAACGUUUUCUUUCCUUCUCUUUCUUCAGUGUGUGUGUUGUGAAGCUAUAUUCUACUAGCAGUAGUUAUGAGCAGACAGCCUGCAGUUGAAAAUACCCAAACAUUUCAUGAAGGAGUAUUUGGUUUCUUACCUUGGCUGUUGCUUUCCUUCGUCUGUGUUCAGUGUUGUGCCUUUCACCAGUGUUGUGCUCAGUAGUACUCCCCUUUUAUGAGAAGGUGCCUGUCAUACCCUUAAAAAAAGUCAGGAGGUUUCUACCUAAAGUAUAAUGUGUGUAGUGUUUGUUUUUUUUUCUUUUAACCAAAUGAAAAUCAUUCUGAAUAUAGGCAUUAUGGCUCUCUGGCCUGGGCGCCCUUCUACCAAGGGGCGGCACAAGCAUAAAAAAAAAGUCAGUUGUGCCCCAAACAAGUUUUUUGUGUGCAUCUGCCAUCGACACUUAAGGACAGUUGCAAGUUUCAUCAGAAAAUGUGAUGUUUUCAUGCUUUUUUUGUCAAAAGGAAAAUGUUAGCUUGAGACAAGCAUAAAAACUGUAUCAUAAAGAAUGGUUAAACCUGAACUGAAUCAUUCUGGCGUUUCAGAAUGAUUCAGCAUAUAUGUAACUUCAUAUUUGCUUUGUGAAACCAGUUUGGGAAAACUGAUAAAGUCCCACAAAUGGCUAAUGGCUUGGAUCGUUUUAAGCUAGCACUGAUUUUGAGCUCACCAACUUCCAGUUGCACUUUCCCCCUUUCUGGUACAAACAUUUCUAAUGAUUAGUUGGAAUUAUUUUAUAUGAGAAGUCAUUUAGUGGGUGCACUUACAACAUUUGUUUUACAAAGAAUUUCUCUUCUUCUGCUUGUAUCUUAGUAAAUUGUUAGCAGGGCACUUUUUAAAAGAAAUCAAUUUGACUGAGAACUUGAGAUCCUUUUGCAGCUUAUAUUUUAUUAAGUGGCAUGCUAAUGUCCCCAUUUAAUAAUUCAUAUGUUUGUGAUUAAAGUUAAAACUGUCCAAUGUUCCUUUUAAAGUCCGAGAUUGAUCCAAUCUCAAAAACUCAAAGGUUGAAAGCGAUUUUACCUGGUUUGUGCUUGAAAGAAAAUGUUAGCUUGUAAAAUCAACUAUCAUUUUGAUUAAAAGACAUUUAACUCCAUGUUUAGGAAGUUUUUAAAAUGAAAGUGUUAUCAGUAUUAGACCUCAAAGAGAUUUUUGUGAAAGAUGCUAAUUAUAGCCUCCCAGAGUUAGCAUGAGGGAAACCUUCUUUAAAAUGAUUUUUUUAAUAAGCUGUCUUGGUAGUCAGUGUUAAUUUAAGUUAAUCAAUUAAAUUACUAUUUAGAAAGCAUAUAUUACUGUUUACUGUCAAAAGGUUGUCUCAGAUAAUGCUUAUAAAACAUUGCCGACAACGGUGAUUAUUUGAGCCAGUUGGGGUCAGUUGUGACUUUUUUUUUUUCUCAGCUGUGACUUUAAGAUCUAGCUUGUGCAAAUAAAUGCAUUCCCAAAGUCAGUCUGUUUAAGCAAAUUGUAUUAACGCUUUUUUAAAAUAAGUAAAAAUUCAGGAAUCUUUGUGAACUGAUCUUAGCAGUGCUAAUGCUAAUCAUUGUUUCUCACAUUCAGCCUGAACAAAAAACAUUUCGUACAAAUAUUUUUAAAAGUUUUAUCUGGCAAUUUUAGUAUUGAGGCAAAUUGAAUUUAAAUGGCAAAAAUAUGUUGUCACCAUACUACCUGGCAUUUAGCACACAACCCUUUUUAAAUGAAAUUGAUAUUGGCAUUUAGCUACUGCUAAUCUUAGCUUCCAGCUAGUUAUAGAUAUUCUUUGAGGUGGGAUGAUUUAUCAGCUGUAGUUUUUGGUUGAAAGCAGUGAUGAUGCUGAUCACAGCCACAGUUUAUCUGGAAGGCUUUCAUUAUAAGCUUAAAGACACUAUAAAAGUCUUAGAUUAAAGUCAGAUGCAACAAAGAUUCGUCCUGUCGUAUUAGGUUUUCUGCACAGCUUUAUUUUAUGGGAUCAAAUAUGUUGGGAACCACUUACCUAACUAAACUUUGCCGUGUGAUUCUCCUAUAGAAACACGCUGUUAAUGAGCAAAAGAUUUGAUCAUCAAUUAAAAUAUGAAAUGUUGUACAGUACUGCCAAAAAAAAAAAAAGUAUCUGGGUACAUAAAAAGAUGAGAGCAUGUAUUGUUUUAAGGAUAAUCUUAUGUACUGAACUUUGACCUCUGUGUUUGCUCAAAGUUGAUGUGAAGCAUGAUGGGGGCGAAGAUGACGGCAUGGCUCUGUGGUUUGUAAGUUGUAUAUUUCUGUGUGGAACAGUUGGUCAACAAAUAGACGUAUUUGUGGCUCAUGGACGACAUGGUUCUGUUAUUUGUUGUUUUGUUUCUUUGUUUGUUUUGUGCCGUGUAUGUAGUUUUGAACACAUAAAUUACCGGUAACCUGCCAGUCAGACUGGAAACCUUUCUGCAACAAGUUUUGGGUUAAGGAGUUGUUGUUUUUUUUUUGUUUGUUUUUUGCGACCUGCAGAAGACCGUGCAAAAAAAUAUAUAUACAUAUAUAGAAACUGAAAAUGUCUUGUGGAUCAACUCACCAGUUAACCUGUAAGCACCUGCAUGCAUUUGUGGACAUGCACAUGCAUAUACUCAUUUAGAUGUAUUAGAAAUGUCACAUAUUGACUUACUUUGUGCUCAUUUAUCAACAGUAUUGAUGUCAAAUGUGAAUAUUGUUAAUGAAGACUGUGGAGAACAUGUAACAUUUAAUUGUUUGUUUCACUUCAAUUUAUUUUAUAUUUUUUCAAAUUUUGUCUACCAAUGUUGUUACGUUACAUGUAACAAUUUUAACAAAGCCCUGUCUGGUUUGUAAUCAUAAAAAAAUUAUGUCUGUGUUUUAAAACAUGGCUCACUGACUAUUUAUUGUUUCUGUUUGUCUAAAGAAAAUACAAACUGGUGUCCUACUUUAAUAAUAUACUUUAUAUUAUAUAUCCAAAUAGAAAGACAAGUUGAU